GCAUGUUUUUACGUUUACGGCAUGUUGCUAGCUGCAAAAAUAGAUUAAUUCUUUUAUAAAAACAAUGAUUUCGUGUAAAAAUUUCCUCGUGUUGCGUCAAGUGCCUAACCGAGUCUGUCGCUCAUCUUUGGCUGUCUCGCUUUACCGCCGGCAAUUGACCUUAAGUACGGCAGCAACUGCAGCAGCAUGGCAAAGGCAACAGCAACAAAAAGCGCCGACCACGACGUCGGUAGCGAAAAUGCAGCAGCAAACACGAAAUUUCCACCGUUCCAGCCGCUUGAACGCCAAGGACUAUUACAAAAUACUGGGCGUGGCAAAGAAUGCCAAUGGGAAGGACAUCAAAAAGGCUUAUUAUCAGCUGGCAAAGAAAUACCAUCCGGACACUAAUAAGGACGAUCCGGAUUCUAACAAAAAAUUCCAAGAAGUUUCCGAGGCAUAUGAAGUGCUUAGCGAUGAACAGAAACGCCGUGAAUACGACACUUACGGCCAAACGGCCGAGAAUAUGAGCCGGCAAGGCGGCGGCUUUGGUGGUGCAGGCGGUGGUCCUUUCGGUCCAGAAGGAUUUUCACAAAGCUGGCAGUUCCGCUCUUCGAUUGACCCAGAGGAGCUGUUUCGUAAAAUCUUCGGUGAAGGAAACUUCCGCUCAAACAGUUUCGAUGACUUUGCUGACUCCAAAUUUGGUUUUGGACAGGCACAAGAGAUUGUUAUGGAUUUGACCUUUGCGCAAGCAGCGCGUGGCGUUAAUAAAGACGUAAAUGUGAAUGUUGUCGAUACUUGCCCCAAGUGCACGGGCUCCAAGUGCGAGCCCGGCACCAAACCAGGGCGUUGUCAAUACUGCAAUGGUACUGGAUUCGAGACGAUAUCGACAGGCCCGUUUGUCAUGCGUUCAACAUGCCGUUAUUGUCAGGGAACGCGCCAAUACAUCAAAUAUCCUUGCGCGGAAUGUGAGGGCAAAGGUAGAACGGUACAGCGACGAAAGGUGACUGUUCCUGUGCCGGCAGGCAUUGAAAAUGGACAAACUGUGCGCAUGCAGGUGGGCAGCAAGGAGCUCUUUGUAACCUUUAGAGUGGAGCGCAGCGAUUACUUUAAGCGCGAUGGCGCCGAUGUGCACACCGAUGUUUCUAUCUCCCUAUCUCAGGCUAUUUUGGGGGGCACUGUUAGAGUUCAGGGCGUCUACGAGGAUCAGUGGAUUAACAUCGAACCUGGCACCUCAUCACAUAAUCGGAUUUCGUUGCGUGGAAAGGGAUUGAAGCGAGUCAAUGCGCAUGGACAUGGAGACCACUAUGUUCACAUUAAGAUCGACGUGCCGCGUAAGCUAAGCAAAGAGCAGCGCGCACUGGUAGAAGCAUACGCCGAGCUGGAAACGGACACACCCGGACAAAUUCACGGCAUCGCACAAAGAAAAGACGGCAGUAAGAAAGCAACCGCAGGUCCGAGUGAAUCAAAUGAGAGUGGAGCAAAUGCCAAUGCCAAAGCAGGAGCAAGUGAGGCCACUCAGCAGCGACCAGACGAGCCCAUCACCAAUGAAAGAGCCACGAGCGAAACAAGCGCGACAGCGAAAGAGCAAGACGAAGAUUCAACCAAAUCAGGCGGAGCGGAGCAAAGCGGAGGCUUCAUAAACAAAAUCAAAUCCAUGUUCAACUGAGUUGCUCCUGGAAGUGUUAUGUAGUUAUUAUAUUUCACAUAAAUCCAAUGUUAAUUCUAUUGUAAGUGAAAGGUUUGUCAACAUUAUGUUGGGCUAGAUGUCCCAAAAAUGUUGACGAAAGAAAAAUAAAUCAAGCAGGCAGUCGUAUGUUUGUA